AUGGCCAUGGACGUCACUGCUAUUGGGUCUAAAGGUACGUUACAUCUUAAUGAUUUUGUAAUCCCUUACCAAGAGCACGAGGCCUAUUUUUCUGCAGCCACAGAAACCGGGUUCAAUGAGUUAGUCACUGGUUGGGUACCAAGGCCAAGCAAGCACAUCAUUACUGCUGAUCUCCCUCAGGAGACUAGGAUGGUAAGAGAAUUUUCUAAUUUGGUAACAGCUAUCAAAAAGGGCUCGAAACCUGAGAAACACUGGCCAACUAUUAGUAGGAAAACACAGCUGAUCCUGGAUGCGGUCAAGGCUUCGGUUGACAAAGGUUUCGAGCCUGUUGAGAUUCUUUAUGCUGUGUGCUUAUUGAUUCUACGCCCUUUGUGA